AUGACGAAACCCUGUGCUGUACCGCAAUGUAAAACGGGUUCGAGAGGUUUUAAAAUUAAGCGAUCAGUUUUUAAAGUGCCGUCAAAUAGCGAGCGACUUAAAAAGUGGCAAAGCGCUAUUCCGAAUAGGCAAUUGACCUCAUCCCAUUUUGUUUGUGAAAAACAUUUUGAAGAAAAAUAUAUUCUUCGCAAAUACAUCAAGCAUGACACAAAUGGCCAAGUUAUCGCAGAGGUUGAUUACAAGCAUCCUCGCUUGGUGGAAUCAGCAAUUCCAACUUUAUUUGAUGAGCCGAUCAUUAAAACUGUUGAAGAACGCAAUAGUUCAACGGUCGAAGAUUGCACACAGAAUUGUGUUGAGGGUUCAACGAUCGAUGACCACAGUGUAGCAGUGGAUGAACUCCCAAUGCCAAUGGAUAUUGCCGCAGUCAUUCCUUCAAAUGAUUUACUCAUGGAUGUUUCCGCUGAAGCGCAUGAUCAUUGUUCCCAGUCAAUAAAUGGUACUCCGACAGAAAAUACCGAUCUGUCAUCUCACCAGGUCGUUACAGACACCACAUUUGACAUAUCGUCGGUCACUAUCAGUGGAGCUCCGUCAACUACAUAUUUUGAGAUCGGUGAGGAUUGCGUCAAGAGUCUACCAGUGCCUUGGGUUGUUGGUCAAUUAUACGGACGGCCAGAUCAGUACCUCGUAUUUUUGUACCCUGAAGUUUACAAGAAACACGGAAUCGAAAUUCCUAUAACGGCCAGAGCUGUUACAGUUGAUAGGCAAAAAAAUGUACGUUAUUUUGUCCACGGAAAUCUGAUAAACAACGAUGAAGGAAAUCUUCGACAAAAAUUGGAUUCCUCGAAUGAUCUUCCUGAUGUUUUGAUCAAGUUUCAACAGAUGAACUUGUGUUGCGGUAUAGGGAAGGUGAAUAUUCAUUUUGUCCCAACAGAGAAUAGCUUCCAAAAUUAUAGCGAUGAAUGGCAUCACAAUAAAUGUCCUUUGCUCUGGAAAAAAAGAAGAUGUGAGCAUUGCUAUAAAUUAAGGAAAAAUAUUCUUGCAAAAGAAAAAAGAGCCAAGGAUCCUCAUUCUUUUAAUCGGAUUUCUCGCUUACGGAACCCUAUUGACGACCAAAAAUUGAUGAUGAUGAAAAAGAAAAUGCUAUGUGAGAGACGGGGAAAACAUCGAGCAAUGUGCCAACUUUCGAUACUACGGAAGUCCUUGAAAGCUCAUCAAUUGGAAAUCGCUACAAUUAAAGAAGAAACUCUAGAAGAGAGAUGCUCCGAAUUAUUGGUGCCAGCGACUCACAAAACAGCCAUGAAAGAAAUAAUUGCAGCUGCUUCCGCGAAAAAUCCGAAAGGAAGAAGAUACUCCGAGGAUUGGAUUAUGUUGUGCUUGAUAAUGAACAUACGGUCACCUGCAUAUUACGAGUUUUUAAGAAAGAACAAUGUUAUGCCAUUGCCAUCGAAACGAACAAUUCGCUCGUACUUUUCACUUAUUAAUACAAAGUGCGGAUUUGAUGAGCAAUUUAGUCAUCUCUUAAAAAAACACUUCGACGAGAAAACUGCGAUGCAAAGACACGGAAUACUUCUUUUAGACGAAAUAAAUCUGAGGAAAUCUGUAGCCGUUUGUUCAAAGAAUCUUACGUAUUCUGGAUUGACGGACUUUGGCGACGAUGGACCACAAGCUACAAAUUUAGAAGAACAAGCAACUCAUGGCCUUGUUAUGAUGUUUCAACCAUUGGCGGACAAAUAUACGCAACCCAUCGCUGUAUUUGCGUUAAAAAACUCAGUGAAGGGCGACGAAUUGGCAAAACUAGUCGUGAAGGCGAUUGUUUAUUUAGAAAAUUGUGGUGCAAAAAUUCAUGGAGUCAUUGCGGAUGGCGCUAAGACGAACCAAAAAAUGUGGUCUCUCCUGGACGUAAGAGCUGGCAUCUCUAAUACGAAAUCCUGGUUCACUCACCCUCUCGACAACGAACGAAAAGUAUUCGUUUUUUCUGACGCACCUCAUGUCUUCAAGAAUAUCCGCAAUCGUUUAUACAACAAGCGUCGCCUCAGGACAAGUCCGGAUAAAAAGUACGUCGACUGGAAAUUUUUCGAAGCCUUAUUCAAUGUGGACACCCAACACGUUGGAAACGCCAGAGCAUGUCCAAAGUUGUCUAAGCGUCACAUCGAAUUAGAUAACACGUCUAAGAUGCGUGUUCGUCUAGCAACUCAGAUCUUCAGUAAUUCCGUGGCGCAGGGGUUAGCGUUUUAUGCGUCGCAAAAAUUUGAAGCAUUGGCCGAUUGCGAAGAAACAAUUGCAUUCUGCAAGCGUCUCAACGAUACUUUUGAUGCAUUGAAUCGCAAAACACCAAAUGAAGGUCUGACACCUCAAUCUCCAGAUUUCAAGGUACUACAAGAUACUUUGCAGUGGCUUAACGAUUGGCAGUCCGACGUUCUCGCUGGCAAACUGAGUUCUGAUGAAUUCUUAACGCAGGACACGUCUACGGGCUUACGACUGUCCUUAACAUCGACCAUGGACAUGUGCGUUUAUCUUAUAAACAAAUUUGAUUUCAAAUAUUUGCUGACUGGCAAAGUGAAUCAGGACGAUCUGGAGAAAUUUUUUAGCACAAUCCGGCAGGCAGCGGGCUGCAAUGACCACCCUAAUUGUCCCACUUUUCUGCAAUUGUAUAAAUUGCUAUCCAUCUACAGCGUGAUAAAGCCUCCAAAAUACGGUAAUUGCACCGUCACAGCAGAACCGGAGUCACGAAUAUUAGUGUCACUUAACGAUCUGAAGGGUUUAAAUGGAGAGGAUGGAAAACAAUCUGAAUCUAAAAUGGCAAAAUGCAAAGAGGAAAUCCGCCAAAGAUUAGAUAAAUGUUUGACAAACGAGUCAUGGGAGGCUGAUGAUGUCAUUGAGUUCAAUCCUGAGCAUGAUUAUGCCCUUUCUCCGGCGAUAGACUGCAUAAUUUAUUAUGUUACAGGUCUUUUAUUUUGAUUAAGCAUUCUCAAACAUUUUUAUCUUCUGUUAACCCAACGCUGGUAGCUGUAGAACACCUUAACACCUCUUUUUGCCUAAUCUUCUCAGUUUGUUAUGCUAGUAUCCCAGUACAAAGAAUACUCUCCAAUUUUUCCGUAAUACGCAUAUCUAAUUGCUAUAUCAUAUCGAAAGUGAUGCUUUUUCGAUCUUCUAGAUACUUUUUACUGGGAAAUUAAUAAAAUUUGUACGUAUUUCUAGGCUCGCAUGCUACUUUCCUCACAUCGAAAUGGUCACGCUUAAUCAUUGGCUAUGUUCUAAUCUUUUUAUAUUGUACACACUUCCAGGAUAUUUAUGCAAGCAGAUCUUGAAGCGAUAUGGUUCCUGUCACGCUUGUCGAGAAGCUGUCGGAUCAAAUUGUGGUGGCAAGUCUUCUGUCGCUCAAUUUGUCGACAUAAAAUCUCGUUGUGGCUUGAUCCAUCCGAAUCUAAGAUUCUUUCAUCUCAUCCGACAUGUUGAAUCGUGUUUUACAAAGCAUGCUUCUGCUUUUCAUGUUUUUGAUUUAACACUCGAGGACGUUUUAGAAACGUACAAUUUUUCUUUUCCCUGUCCAAAACACAGCUCUGACAUUUUGGCCUUUGCCAUAGUUUAUUACAUUCGUUUGAGAAUGCGACAGUUUUCACAUCAGGAAAACAUGAAAGCAACGAAAAAGUUUGUUGUUAAAAAAAAUUAUCAAAGCUAACAAAUCAGUAAUAAAACCUUAAUUCUCUCGAUUA